CAAACUCUCCUCUCGUCUCCCAUAUUCCAUUCUUUUUUCCUUUCUUCCUGAAACUACACCUUCAGAAAAGGGAAUAAAAGCUAUGGGCUGAAUCAGGCAACUAUAGGUCGGUCGUACCAGCGCAACCUAAUUUCUUGCAAUUGGCUACUCCCAAUCGCAUUUUGACUACGGUCUCUCUUUCCUUGUUGAGUGCAAAUGAAUCCCCGAUAAACCAACCCCCCGCCGGCUAUAUAUGCCACGGUCAACCACGCAGGGUCGCGACAGUCUUGAGCCUGAGGCUCUUACUCCAGACCUCGCACCAGUCUUCAGGCAAUUUCUCUACGAACACUUUCGUAGUUGGCGAGCGGACGGAUCCUCACCUACUCCAACAUUGGGCGCAGCUCGCGCCGAUAGCUCGGACGUAAUGGCUUCCACUACUUCCACAGCCACGCCCAUAAAACAUUCCUUCGAUGCGAGGGUUUCUGCCGUUCGAUCGCCUAAGAGUGACAUCAAUGCUGUUAUCCUUGACUAUCUGACCAUGGAAGGAUACCCCAAGGCUGCAGCAAAUUUUGCAAAAGAAGCAAAUAUCCCUGCCCAACAGGACGUGGUCUCUAUCAUAGCACGCCGUGAGAUUCAGAACCAGAUCCAUCAGGGCCAAAUUUCAGAUGCGAUUGACGGUCUGAAUGAUCUUGACCCAGAGAUCCUGGGAAAUGACCCUAAGCUGCAUUUUGAACUCCUCCGUCUUCAGCUGGUUGAGCUCAUCAGGACCAGCGGCCAUGGUGACAUUGAAAGGGUUAUCAAGUUUGCACAGGAGCAACUCGCUCCCCGCGCGCCUGCCAAUGAAAAAUUUAUAAAAGAGCUGGAGAGAACCAUGUCGCUGCUGUUCUUCGAUAAGAACGAUCUACCGGAAAACCUCCGACACCUGCUCAAUCCUGAUUUGAGGAGACAAGUUGCCGAGAUGGUCAAUAAGGCCGUUUUGGAGUUGCAGACUCAAAGAAGAGAGGCGGCAAUACGUAACCUUGUACGAUUACGAACCUGGGCUGAGAGCACAGCUAGGCAACGCAAGGUUGAGUUGCCUGCUCACAUCGCCCUUGGCUUUCGAGUCGAGAAGGACGGCAGAGACAUGACUGAUGACCAUGGCGCUGACCACGAUCCCGAGCUGAUGGUGACAUAGUCCUUGUGAGGCGCAUGAACUUUAUGAAAUGACAUUACUGAAGUGUAUGAUUGAAGAGUGGAUCCAUGGAUUAAGUCCACCAAACUCGAGCUCAAUGCCCAAGGUCCCAGUCCUGGCGCUUUUGCUCAUUGCUCAAACUUUUUAUGGUUGUAUUUGAUUACUUGGAGUUCGGCUUUGGAUGGUUUGGUGGGUCGGAGUUGCUUGGAAGCAUGCUCGGGCGUUGGAAACGCUUUUGGGACUCGGAUUACUUGAUAUUAUUUGCCUACUUUCAUCAAAUUAUCCUCUUUCACAUGGAGACUGCACAUGCUUGAAUCGUUACUCCAAUAACCUUGAUGGACAUCAUGCAAUCGAGCUUUGCUUUUCCCACUUUGAUUUCUCUUCAAUGUUCUAGUGUCUUACGCCCACGCGCCCAUUGUGCAAGAGGCACAGGCGCAUGGCAUGGUCAAUACAAAGGCAUAGAUCGCAGUGCUUGGUAGUGAUUGCAUUUACUCCGUCUAACCAUUCAAAGUAUCGGAAAUGGAGCCAGAAAGUCAUCAUAGCCAAUUCGAUUUUGUCGACUGUUUUUUUUAUCACAAGACAUUGUAUUUACAAUCCAGGAAAAGUUCUGAACGCCCGUAGAGUCCAAAAAGCCGGC